GAAUCGCCAAGCCGCGACGCUGGCCGCCGAUGGGCGCGAUGAGCGCUCCGCUGCAGCAUUCUGUCUGCGCGCUAGCAUGUCUCGCGAUUGCGGCGUCGACGGCGCCGCCGCGCACUGCGGAUGUCCGCGCGGCGACUGGGCUCGCAGAGCUGCUUCACGCGGCCUUCCCAGACGCCCCAGAUGCGUCAAUCCGCGUUAGCGCCGACAUUGGCAUGGAGCGCGCAGCAGCGAAAGAAAAAGUGACCUUGCGCGAACUGGCGUGCGAGCGCGAUUAUUCCGCGUGCCCGUCAGGGUGGGCUGAUUUGGGCGACGGCGUUCAUUGCGAGGCACCCUUGGGUUUCGCAGGCUCUUGCGACUCAGUCGUUGAAUUUGGGGGCAUGGCACCACGCGAAUAGAUGGAC